CCAGCUGGUAGCUUGAGACCUUUAAAAGGCUGUAGUUAGGUAAAGACAGAAAGCAAUUGGACCAGAAUUCUCUUUACACAAGACCAAAAACAUAAAAGUGUGUGUGUGGUAGUCUCCUCUCAGGAGACUUGCAAAGCUGAUUACCCACAAUGCCGCUGAACAAUGAGCGCCCCACCUCCACGUCUACGGCGAGAAGCGAGGACCAGAGCAGUGACACGGAGUCGUCGGACCGAUGUGACAGCAUGACGUCGACAAGCGACUUUGAGUGCUCCCGCCAGAGCUUUACCAGCGACUCCUCCAGCAAACAAAGCUCUCCAUCUUCUAGCCCUCCCAAAGUCUUAACACUUGAUGAGGUCAUGGCCUCUGCCCGGGACCUGUCCAACUUGAGCUUGGCUCAUGAGAUUGUCACAAACCGCAACUUCCAUUUAGAGCAACCGGACCUCCCUCAGAACAGUUUAGAGAAAAGGGUGAAAGAAAUUGUUCACAAGGCAUUCUGGGAUUGCUUGGAGACGGAACUGAAUGAUGACCCUCCAGAGUAUGAACACGCCCUCAAGCUUCUGGAGGAGAUCAGAGAUAUUCUGCUGUCGUUCCUGAACCCCGGAGCGAACCGCCUGCGGACCCAGAUCUCCGAGGUCCUGGACAUGGACCUGAUCCGCCAGCAGGCUGACAACGACGCGGUGGACAUCCAGGGGCUCGCCGACUACAUCGUCACCGUGAUGGGCAAGCUGUGCGCCCCCGUCAGGGACGAAGAGGUCAAGAAGCUGAAGGAGAGUCCCACCAACGUGGCGGCCAUGUUCAAGGAGAUUUUCCGAGUGCUGGACCUGAUGAAGAUGGACAUGGUGAAUUUCACCAUCCAGACCCUCCGGCCAGAGCUGCAGAGACAGUCUGUGGAGUACGAGAGGGCCAAGUUCCAGAGCAUUGUGGAGAGGACCCCCACUGCGCUGGACCACACCACGGACUGGAUCAAAGCGUGUCUGGAGGAGCUGCUGCUCUCUGUCCCAGCCGGACCGGAGAAGAACGUGCGGGCGCUGCCCAGCCCCGCGCUGGUGCUGAACACGGCCUACAUCAAGCUGCUGAACUGGGACCACCAGAACCACCCUCUCCCCGAGACCCUGAUGACGGACGAGGCGCGGCUGCGGGAGGUGCAGCGGGGGCUGCAGCUGCUGCAGACGGUGGCGUCGGUGCUGCUGAUGGUGCAGAGCGCCGUUGGGGGGCCCGCAUCCGGCCUGCCCGCCCUCACCGAGCGUCUGAAGAGGAUGAGCAGCGUUCUGCUGGAGGGCAUGCACAGCCAGAGCUUCAACCUGCCGGAAGCUCUGGAGAGCGUGAGCGCUCAGGUCUGCUGCGAGCUAAACAAGUCCCUGACGGAGCGCGGUUACCCCCCUCUCUCCCCCGAGCUGCAGGCCACCCUGAGGGGACAGAUCCUCGGCGUUGCCCAGGAGAGCAACCCUGUCCGCAGCCUCGUCGAGGAGAGGGUUCAGCUCUAUUUCAGGAGCUUCCUGACCACGCCCAAUCCCCACAUGACUCCGCCCCCCACCCCCGGCGGCCUGGCGCCGAUCCAGCAUGAGCUGGCCGCGCUGGGGGCAAGCUUCGUCAGCAUGGUCAACUUUAACAAGCAGGUGUACAUCCCCUUCUACAUGGGCAUCCUGAAGACCCUGCUGUUCAGCGGGGCGGCCCCGGCCCCGCCCAGGGAGACGGCCGACGCCCACGUCGCCUCCCAGUGAACGCCGCUGGAAGCAACGGGCCCACUGUGUGCGUGGGCCUUUCGGGCUACGGGUGCUUUCUGCCCAUGACAACAGAUCCCAGAUCAGCCCGCCAACCCUCCGUUCGUAACCCCAGCCAUUUAGUGUUGAAGCUCAACACCGAUCCAGGAUCAGUUGUUAAGGGCAGAAAGCUCCUCCACCCCCCCUGUCAGUACUGUCAUCUGCAUCCUGACGGCUGUUGCUCGUUGUGUUUUUACAGAACAUUAAACUGUAGGUCAGCGCGCUGUAAUGUUAUUGCAACGUAUUCUGAAUGUUGCGUCAACGCGCACAUAAUGGUGCUUCACAGAGAGGAGGGAAAAGUGAGAGGAAUAAAGAACCUUCCGUUGUAGCUCAUUCCAAAAAAUGCGCUACCUUUGCCUGCAACAAUGACCGUUAUGUAGAUUACUGAAACAUGGUGUUUAUUCAAUGAAAUCAUUUAUUGGCAGACGUAAAAAUUAUCAUUACAUAAUGAAUCUAUUUUUGUGCUUUUGGCAGUGUGAUUGUGUGAUGUUAAAUAGUUUAAUAAUGGCCAAUUCUCCUGUUGUUUUGGAGAAUGUUAACUAAAGUAAGUAAACUUUCAUAAAUGACUAUGAUUACGGAAGCCAUAUAUUAAUAUUUCCUAAAGGGAAAAAAAACUAUAUUUAUAGACAUGUCACCCAUUUUAUAGAACAAGAUUUUUAGACUACAUGUCUAGAGUACACGUUCCUACCUGUGCAAAGGGUCUUGAUUGUUACCUUUUAGAGAGAACAAAUGAAAAAAGUAUAUUGUAUGUCAGUUGCUUAUGUGUUUGUAAGUGCCACCAUUUAAUAACUAUUUGUUGAGUCCUGAGUCAAGAAAAUAUUGGUACAAACUCAAUCACAGUAUACAAGAUGUAGCGUUUAUAGGUUAUUUCCUGGAUUAUACAUUCAAAUAACUUGAAAUGAUUGAAUCACAGUGUCAAGAGAGGGACACAGCUGUAAAGUGGAUGUGGGAAAUCAGGUGACCAGGUUUUAUGGUUUUAAUCAGAACCGUUUACCGUGGAUCUAUUGGUUCAAGAUGGUAAUGUCAUCAGCUAAUGUGUGUGCUGGCCAGUGAAAAGUCUGACUGAGGGAAAUCAAAAGGGUAUAACUAUUUUAAUGAGUGCAUGGUUUUCCUUUUAUGAAAGUGUUCCUGAAAAUAUUUAUAUAAAUAUUGUAACAAGUUGAAAUGUGCAGUGGAACUUUUUGUUACUUCAUUUCCAGAUAGUUUUGUUUCCUGUUAAGUGUUUUUUGACAAAAA